GUCUGGGAAAAUCCACGCCACGUGACAUUGUUUACCUUAUCCAAGACAAUCAAGCAGCUCUCAGCUGCGCGGAGACUGAGUGACCGGACAUGUUCUAGUGAGGCUACCUGAUCCAUUGAUAAACAUCUGAGUGAGUGCCUGGCACAGCUGAAUGAAAGAGAUGAGCGUCUCCAGGCAGAGAGCCAGAGAUCUAGUGACCACCUACGGUGACAUUUUGGAGCAGCAAAUUGUGGGACGAGGCUCCAACCUGGCGUGUAGAGAUGAGGAGCUGUGGAAGCAGGUGGAGGGCCUGCUGAAGGACGGAGAGGCCCAGGAGACACACUGCCUGGGUCUGGAUCCACUGAGGGUGAUGGAGGACUCGCUUGCAGCAGCAGCAGCAGCAGCAGCCGAUGCUGGGCGGGUCAAAGCCAGAGGGGGGCUGCAAGGCCUGGCUAAAGCUUUUGAGGUCCUGGAGCAAGCGGCCCUGAACCUGUACCUCGGCCCAUGGAGGGACGAGUACCGAGUCGUCAAGAUGUACUCUGGUAUGUUCACCCACCAUAUCAAACCGGUGCUGUCGAUGCCACAGAUUGAGAAGCUGUUUGGCCUGCUAGGAUACCAGCCCAGCUCGUCUCGGCACGAGCAGCUUCGUCUCCAGUCGCCCAGAGUCAGUCCUGCCUCUCAGGAUGACCUCCUCUGCUUGUCAUGUGCCUUCUUCCUGGCCCGCUGUGAGUGUCGCCUCCUCUUGACGGCUCUGGGGAAGCACGUCGGUGAGGCCCAGUGGGAGCUGAGUGUGGUGAGGGAGAGGCAGAGAGGGAGCAGCUUACAGGUCGCCAUGGACAACACCAUGAAGACCCUGGAUGUCAACCAGCCACCGAUAGAGCCGUUUGACGGCGAAUCGGAGGUGGAUCUGUACACGGAUGAGCAUGUUAACGGGGGGCAGAGGAAGGCGGUUGUCAAUGACGACGAGAAUCCCCACUCUUUAACCUGGGCGGCUCAAAGCAGUGCAUCACCCCCUGCUGUCAAAACACACAGCAACGGAGUGACGUCCUUGUCCUCUUCAUCCACCUCCGUGUCCGCCACAGAGCACGUCUGCAUCUCUACACUCAACUGCCAACUGACCAAGAUGUCCCAGCUGGAAUCGGACACUACCAGAAGCUCCUCAGCCAGCAUGAGGCAUGGCAGACGUCCCUGUGAAGAGUCGAGGUUUGACAUAGCGGACUCUCAGUCACGCAGUCUGCAGGUAGAAGCCAUGGGGCUUUGUAAGAGCGAGGCUGAAGCCGACCACCUUUGCAGCUGUCUCCAGUCUAAUCCUCUUUGUCUUAAAUCCUGUAUUGAAUGCGACAUCACCCACGACAUUACCUGUGCCUCGCUUCAGCACUGCUACACGGAGAAACACCACAUGGUGUUCCCUGACCAUGAUACUACAGAGGAGAUGACAGAAUUGAGAGCGUUGUCACCGCAGGGUGGAAGCCUCAGUGCGAGGGAUAUGAGCGUAUCACCAACUCUCUCCAGCGGCAGCGCAGCGAUGACGUCCUUAGCUCUGUGCGAUGACCCUAAAUCAAUGAUGCCAUCUCUUCAUCCAAUCGCCUACCAUAAAUGCUGCGACCUCGCUCAGCUGGACCCCCAGGUCCUGUGUCUGAGCUGCGGUGUCUUCCACUCUGGUACCUGCAGAGAGAUAGACUUCUGCCAAAGUCACCAUGACAUCAAGCCACUGGGAGUGUGCUCGUGUGGGAGGGCAUGCUCCAGAAAGCCUCUGGUUCUGUGCAGAUAUUGCGGAAACGAGUAUUGCAGCGAUUGUUGGUACAGAAAUCCUGUUGUAUGCACCUGUGGCCAAACUUUUGACCAGUCAUCUUCUGUGUGAUUUGUAUUUGCACUAAUUAGUCACAACUUAGCCAAAUCACAGUGCCUUAAAUCUGUGUACUGGAAACAGAAUUCAUUUUUUAAAAAUCAAGUACAAUAAAUGAAAUAAUUCAGAUGUUGCCUUGACACAGUACUGAAAUGCAGUAUCGAGUGUGAUCCCAUUUUUCUAUUUUGGUCUUCUUUCUGAGACCCUCAUCACUCUGCCAUCCAGUUAUUCUGUAAGUGGCCAUAUUUACCAUUAUCAGCAUUUUGAAAACGCUGUGUAUUGUUGAGACUUGAAGUUGUGAUUACAGUUUGUGCUCUUGGGUCACUUAAAUGUAAUUUAGUGUGAAGCACAAGAACGUCUGUUUUCAUCUGUAUUUGUUGCCUGCACACAGACUGGAGUAAAAAAAAAAACAGGUCAAUAAGUCACUUGUCUGUGUUAAAUGUGUUUUAUAUAAUACAUGAGAAAAUGACUUUGGGGCCAGUGGAGUUACUGUAUAAGUAUGUACCAGUAUACCUAUUAUUGAAUCAUAACUAACACAAGCCCUUUCAGAACAUUAAGAACAUUCCAAAAGGUUUCAUGCCAUUAUUUUCUGGCUGAGUAUUUGGCUCUGGUAUCUUCCUUUAUGUAUUUAUGUGCUGUGAAAAUGAACUGAGGCUGCGACUAAUGUUCAAUUAUGUGCAGAUUGUUUUCUUGAUAAAUCGAUAAUCAUUUGGUUUAUAAAAUGUCAGGAAACUGUAAAAAAAAAAAAUGGCCAUCCCAUUUUCUUUGGGGCUACGUUGACAUGUUUAAAUUGCUUGCUUUGUCCAUCCAACAGUCUAAAAUCCAAAAGUAUUCAGUUUAGUGUCGUGGGGACUAUGGAACCAGAGAUUUGGGGGGACUUAUAAUUAAUGGACUGUUAAAAAAUGUUCCUGAUU